GGCUGCUUCUCUCCCACACCUCCCUCUUCCCUUGGAGGCCAGAGCUACCACGGCUGGGACAGAAAAGGGUCCGGAAGGGCUGGCGGCUGGGACGUCCCGCUCCCCAGAAGAGUGUUCAGGAGAGGCAGGAAGACUUGGGAAGAUGGGAUCUGUACAAGAUGCAGGGAAAAGGACUCCAGCCCUCCGGGUCGGGGAGCACGAAGAAGAGGCAGAGCCAGGAGCAGCCCUGAGGAUCGGGGAGAUAGAACUGCAGGAACAAUGGCAGGAUGAAGAAUUCCCCAGAUUGCUUCCUGAGGAGGCUGGCCCUUCCGAAGAGCCUGAAGCUGCUCAGAGAGACCCUCAGGCAGGUCCCCCCAGCACUCUAGCCCUGUGUGGCCAGCGCCCCAUGCGGAAGCGCCUGUCUGCGCCGGAGCUGAAGCUGAGUCUGCUGGAGGGGCCUGCAGAGAAGGGGUCUUCUUCCCCCACGCACUCCGCAGCCCCCUCUUCCGACGGCAGCUCGGACCUGGACCUGGACGAACUGGAGACGCCGUCAGACUCCGAGCAGCUGGACAGCGGGCACGAGUUUGAAUGGGAAGAUGACCUGCCCCGGGCGGAAGGCCUGGGGGCCAGCGAGGCGGCGGCCAGGCUGGGCCGGGGCUGUGUGUGGGAUGUGGCUGGAGAAAACGGUCAUCGCUGGAGGGUGUUCCGGACGGGACAGCGGGAGCAACGCGUGGACAUGACCGUCCUCGAGCCCUAUAAGAAAGUCCUGUCUCACGGAGGUUACCAUGGGGAUGGCCUCAAUGCUGUCGUCCUGUUUGCCUCCUGUUAUUUACCCCGCAGCAGCAUUCCCGACUACACUUACGUCAUGGAACACUUGUUUAGGUACCUGGUGGGGACUCUGGAGCUGCUGGUGGCUGAAAAUUAUCUGCUCGUUCACUUGAGUGGAGGCACGAGCAGGGCCCAGGUGCCGCCUCUGAGCUGGAUCCGCCAGUGUUACCGCACCCUGGAUCGGCGGCUCCGGAAAAACCUGCGAGCCCUGUUGGUUGUUCAUGCUACAUGGUAUGUGAAGGCGUUUCUGGCAUUGCUUCGGCCUUUCAUCAGUUCCAAGUUCACACGGAAGGUCCGGUUUUUGAACAGCCUGGGGGAGUUAGGCCAGCUCAUCUCCCUAGACCAACUUCACAUCCCCGAAGCUGUCAGACAGUUGGACCGCGAUCUCCGUGGCUCUGGAGGGAAGUGACAGGAAUGGAUGAAGGGCCUCAAAACCAAGCAGAGACAGCAACCUGCGCGCAUCCUGAUCCCCAAGCUGUUUUGCAGGCCGCCUCAUCCUCAAGCCCAGGGCCCGGGCUUCACUUCGCCGGCACCGGAAGCCUCCUGGGGCCUGGCCUGCCGCUGCAGGGCUCUGGUUUUGGGGAUGGGGCUGAGCCCAGGGGGCCUGGGGAGUGGAGCUCGGGUCUGAAUCCCGCUUUCGCUGCUGUAUAGCCUGGUUAUCGCUCCGGCCUCGCUGCGAGGGAAGGGACUGCGCUCCUUGGCACCUUGGUAUUCGGUUUGGUGAGCGGAGAUGAGGGCCGGGAAGGGUCUCGACCUCAGCCGGGCUCCCUGCUGCCGGGACCGGGAGCCCCCCCCCCCUUUUCCUUCCAAGCCGCCUCAGCGCCUGUGAGCGCGGAAAGGAGGCUUUGAACGCCUGCACUUUGAUGAAUAAACCGCGACAGAGGCUGAGUCUGUGUGGCCCGGCCUUUCCCCAGCGCCUCGCAUCACGAUGGGCCCGGGGCCGGGCA